AUGAUACUUAUGGUCACUAGUACUAUUAGUUGUGUAUUAAAUUUAUCGGUAUUUUUCAAGGAAAGUUUGCGAAAAAAUCCGUGUACAAUUUAUCUUAUAGCCAUCAACAUUCUUAAUUUAUUCUACUUUUAUUGGGCUUUCAAUAUUACUAUCAUUACAACAGGCUACGGUGUUAAUCCUGGUGCAACCAAUCUUGUAUUCUGUCGAUUUCUUUAUUAUAUUUCAAUUGUUUUAUCUUGCUGGAAAUCAUCUUAUUUUAUCUUGGCAUCAAUCGAUCGAAUCAUGAUCACUUCACCAAAUGCUGCUACACGAUUGCGUAGUACACGUCGUUUAGUUAUCACAUCUCUAAUUACUAUCAGUUUAUUUUGGGCCGUAGUUCAUACGCAUAUAUUUGUCUACAUCCAAAUUCUACAUUUUGGACCAUUUUAUUCAGUUUGUUAUUAUCGAUCAGGUGCCUACACAACAUUUAUGACUGUAUACUUUGUUGGAAUCAGUGGAAUUCUUGUUAUAUCAUUAAUGACUAUAUUUGGGCUAUAG